AUGUCUGUCCCUCCCCAUUUCGCAGGGCUGAAGCUCUCCGGUGCUACGCCCCAAACAUCGCAUACUCUUGAACUGUAUUUGGACUACGUUUGCCCAUUCUCGGCCAAGAUGUUCAACACAUUCUACACCCUGAAGCCGGUGAUCACUCAACAGUAUAGCACACGACUGCAGGUCGUAUUUCGACAGCAUAUUCAACCCUGGCACCCAUCUUCCACCUUGACCCACGAGGCCGGAGCGGCCGUCCUGAGACUCGCACCCGAGAAAUUCUGGGAUUUCAGCGCCGCCCUGUUCAAAUGCCAAACAGAGUUCUUUGAUAUCAGCGUGGUGAACGAAACCCGCAAUAAAACAUACGAACGACUAGCAAAGGUGGCAGCCAGUGUUGGAGUAGAUGGAAAUAAGUUACUCGAUUUGCUUAUCAUUAGGGAAACUCCCGGUGAGGAUGGGCAACUAAAUGCUGGGAACCAAGUAACCAAUGACAUCAAAUGGAUGGUCAAGGGAGCGGAAGAACGCAGUAUCAGCAGCAGCUUCACCGCCGCCCAGUGGGAAGAAUGGUUGGCCAAAAACGUGAUCUGA